GAAGAGCAGACAGGCAGCAGCAGAAGUGUGGGUUAGUCAGGGAGACACCGAGCAGCUACUGUGGACGGUCCACGAGGAGACACAGCGCAGUUCAUUUAUUUAUUUAUCUAUUUAUUUCUUUGUGUGUGGGGUAUUUAUUGAAUCUGAGAGGAAGAUGAACGGAGUGACAAGGAGUCUUUGCACCAUUGAAGACAUCAGAAACCAUGAAUAUGCUGAGGGGUGUAGACGACUGCGGCUCACCCUCCACGACCAGAAAGAGGCGAUCCGGAGCGCAGAGCAGCACAGAGAUAAGCCAAUUGGACGAGCUUUCGCACUGGUGCAGCCGCCCAGCGAGAGGACAGCUUCGCAUCCCGAACCGGUGAAGUCAAAAGAGGAGCAGGUGGAGAUCAUCAAGGUUUAUUUGGAGGCACGCAAACAAGAGCAGCAGAAGCAUCAAGAAAACCUGAAGAUGCUGUCAGAUGAGGUUUCACAGAUACAGGAGGUGAGGUACUGUCUGAAGAACUUAAGGGAACAGAUGGCGGCCAAAAACAAGCCGCACACAAACGGGUGGAAGGUCAGCAUCCCGUUUAGGAAGAACGGAUUGUCUGCUCCCAAAACUGGAUCCAAAGCGGACGGGCAGGAUGCAGAUGACGAAGCAGAGAGAGAAAAGCUGAGAGAGGUCAGCAAGCGCUUAUAUGCGCAGAUGCAGGAGGCAGAAAAGAAGCACCAGGAGGAGAGAGAGAGACUGCAGGCUGAAGGCAGCAGGCUUAGAGAGUGUCUGAGCGACAAGGAGGAGAAGCUGAGGGUCACAGAAGAAGCCGGCAAAGGGAAAGACAAGCGCAUCGAAGAGCUGCAGAGGCUGCUGGGAGGUAUGGAGCAAGAGAGCGCCACUCUGAGGGAGACCAUCCGCAGCCGUGAGGAUGAACUGUGCCAGCUGCAGAAGAUCAGAGAGGAAGGCCACCAGGGGCAGCAGAGGGCUGAGCAGUUGGAGAAGGAGGUGGCUAUUCUCAAAGAAAAGAUCCACCAUCUGGAUGACAUGCUGAAAAGCCAACAGAGGAAAGUCAGACACAUGAUCGAGCAGCUCCAGAACUCUCGCAUGGUGAUCCAGGAGCGGGACCACGUGAUUAAAGAGCUGCAGGAGAAACUGGCAUACUUGGAGGCUGAGAAUCGAGAAAUGCGUGACCAGAUGGACUACUUCCUGGGAGGACAAAGGUCAAACUCCUAUCUCUCAUCAGAGCGCAAUCCACAGAUUGUGUACAGUAAACCACUGAAGCCAUCCACCUCCUCUAACAAACCUCUCCCCUUCAUCAAAGUCAUCGAGAUCAAGUCAUGAAACAACAGAAGAACUCCGGACCCAGAACCAGAAUCAGCCGACCUUUUUCACACUCAACUCAGACAGCAGCUCUGCUGAUGACCAGAUCAGAUUGACUGAACAUUAGCAAGAUCAGAGCUGAGCCUUCCAAAACUGCAACUGUACCAGCUCCACUAAAGCUGCGUUUGAAGGAAACGGUGGAGUGAUUAGCAGCAGCCACUGUGUAUUUGCCUCAUGACUGUGUGUAAGUCAGCUUUAAUGUAGAGACUCAGAUGUGCAUUUUAAAAGUAAGAUCUCUCCUUUGUAUCACACCUUUGAACUUUGAGUUAAUGGCGUUGGCUGUGCGUUUUUUUUUUCUCUAUUCAUGAGCACAUCACGAGGCUCAAAUAAAGUAAUGUAGCAUUGAUGUACUGUUGCUUACCACACUGUCCUGAUGGUUCAUGUAAAAAUCUUUGACAACUUUAUCUGAACUGUGUGUCUUUGUACAGGUUUGUUUCUCAUCUUUUACUCUCUUCACUUUUAUGGGUGAAUAUAUGAUCCUUUUAUAUCUACACGGCCAUAUAUAAGGAGAGGUUUAUAAAAAGCAAAAAUUACUAUUUGGGUCUUUCACAUUUUAAAAAGUACAUUUAUAAUUUUUGACCCCUUAAAACAGAAGGCCACUUUAUGAAACUGUGAGGAAACAGAAGGAAAACUGAAGAUUUCUUAAUUUGCAUCAUUCCUCUAAAUAUAUUGUGUAUUUCAUUUCAUUACUGUCUUGUACAUAUUCUAAUAAAUGUAAUUAGAUGUUUAAAUUAAAAAAGACGUUCUGCUCUGAAUUUAAAUAUGCUAUUAAUAAAACCCGACUGUUUGAUAGAAGAGGUUUUGUAUGAAGUACGAGUCCUGAUCUGUUACCUCUGUGAUUUUGUGAAUAAACUUUUUAAAUAAA